ACAUUGCUAGCAAAGCUAAAGCCUUUUUCCUCCUCAUUUGCUUUGUCUUUAGCUUUGCUUGGCCAUCCAACUCCAAGAUGUAUAAAUAUUAAGAAGAAGAAGAAGAAGAAGAAGAAGAAGAAGAGAGAGGCUGGGGGAGAGAAACAGUUGAGAGGAAGAGAUUGAUUAAAGCAGGCAUCAUGAUGAGAUCGAUGUGAAGAAGCAAACUAGCUGUUUGCUUUUACGCCUCUUCAGGAUUUUUGUAGUUAAAACAAGCAAAAAACACACACAAAAAAAAAGGAAAAGAAAAGGAAGAAGGAAAAAGCAAGAGAAUUGAAGCAUCAAGCAAGCAAGCAAACUGAAACAAGAAAGAUCCAUCGAUCAAACCCCCCACAUUCCUCCUCUCCCUUUUUGCAUCGAUCCAACAUCUUCAACAGCAGCCGGCGAUAGAGUCCCAGAAGAGAUCGAUGAGGAGGGAGGGUUCGCUGCUCUUCUUGCUCCUGCUAUCGUGCGCUGCGACAUCUUUAGCAGCGGCAGCUAACAAUGGGAGCGUGAGCUACGAUCACAGGGCGUUGGUGAUCGAUGGGAAGCGCAGAAUCCUCAUCUCCGGCUCCAUCCAUUAUCCUCGCAGCACCCCGGAGAUGUGGCCGGAGCUGAUACAGAAGUCCAAGGAUGGAGGCAUCGACGUCAUUGAGACCUAUGUCUUCUGGAACAUCCAUGAGCCUACGCGCAACCAGUAUGAUUUUGAGGGGAGGAAGGAUUUGGUAAGGUUCGUAAAGGCGGUGGCAGAUGCAGGACUCUACGCCCACCUCCGUAUUGGGCCCUAUGUUUGCGCCGAAUGGAACUACGGCGGCUUCCCUCUUUGGCUACACUUUAUACCCGGGAUCAAAUUUAGGACGAACAACGAGCCUUUCAAGACGGAGAUGCAGCGCUUCACCGCGAGGGUUGUGGAUAUGAUGAAGCAGGAGAAGCUGUAUGCAUCCCAAGGCGGACCGAUCAUCCUUUCUCAGAUUGAGAAUGAGUAUGGAAACGUUGACUCUCAAUAUGGAUCGGGAGCUAAACCCUAUAUCAACUGGUCCGCAUCGAUGGCUACUUCUCAAGAUACAGGAGUUCCAUGGGUGAUGUGCCAGCAACCUGAUGCCCCUGACCCUAUCAUCAACACCUGCAACGGGUUUUACUGUGACCAGUUUACCCCAAACUCAAACAGCAAGCCUAAGAUGUGGACAGAGAACUGGAGUGGAUGGUUUCUUUCUUUUGGUGGUGCAGUGCCAUACAGACCAGUUGAAGACCUUGCAUUUGCUGUUGCCCGAUUUUUCGAGCGUGGGGGUACUUUCCAGAACUACUAUAUGUAUCAAGGAGGAACCAACUUUGGUAGAACUUCAGGAGGUCCAUUUAUUUCGACGAGUUAUGAUUAUGAUGCUCCUAUUGAUGAAUAUGGCAUGGUUAGGCAACCAAAGUGGGGUCACUUGAAAGAUCUGCAUAAAGCCAUAAAGCUCUGUGAAGACGCUUUGGUAGCGACUGAUCCAACGUAUACUUCUCUUGGCACAAAUUUGGAGUCUCAUGUGUAUAAGACAGGAUCGGCUUCUUGUGCUGCAUUCCUUGCCAACAUUGGAACGUCUGAUGCAUCUGUUACAUUCAACGGCAAAUCAUAUCAUCUACCAGCAUGGUCUGUCAGCAUCCUUCCUGACUGUAAAACUGUCGUUUUCAACACUGCCCAGAUUAAUUCUCAAGCUACUCGUUUGGAGGAAAAAUAUCGGAAAAAUGAUGAAACCAGUGAUGAAUCCUCUAAAAGGUUCCAGUCAAGUUGGAGUUUUGUUAAUGAACCUGUGGGUAUUUCAAAGAACAAUGCCUUCACCAAAAGCGGUUUACUGGAGCAGAUAAAUACUACUGCUGACGCUAGCGAUUACCUAUGGUAUUCAACAAGCAUCAAUAUCAAUGGUGACGAACCAUUUCUUCUAAAUGGGACUCAGUCUAACCUUCAUGUAGAAUCUCUUGGCCAUAUCCUACACGCCUUCAUAAAUGGGAAGAUUGCAGGAAGUGGCGUAGGGAGUAGCAGUAAUCCGAAGAUUUCGUUUGAGAAGCCUAUCACGCUAGCACCAGGAAGCAACAAGAUCGAUCUUCUGAGUGCAACUGUGGGCCUGCAGAACUAUGGUGCAUUUUAUGACUUAGUGGGUGCCGGAAUCACUGGUCCAGUGAAGCUGAAGGGCCAAAAUGGGAGCGUAGAUCUGUCUUCUCAACAGUGGACCUACCAGGUCGGACUAAAAGGUGAAGAAUCAGGCUUGUAUGGAAAAUCUGCAGAUUCUUCAGAAUGGACCUCAGAUUCUACCCUGCCAACGAAUCAACCUCUGAUAUGGUACAAGACUACUUUUGAUGCCCCUGAUGGAAACGAUCCAAUUGCAAUCGACUUCACAGGAAUGGGCAAGGGUGAGGCUUGGGUGAAUGGCCAGAGCAUCGGCCGCUAUUGGCCUACGAAUAUUUCCCCACAGAAUGGCUGUGCUACUUCAUGUAACUACAGAGGAGCUUACAGCUCAAGUAAAUGCUUCAAGAACUGUGGAAAGCCAUCUCAACAACUGUAUCACAUUCCACGAUCAUUUAUCGACUCAAGCAGUAACACGCUGGUGCUAUUUGAGGAGAUGGGCGGAGAUCCGGCACAAAUAUCUGUAGCUACUAAACAGAUCGGGAGCUUAUGUGCACACGUGUCGGAAUUGCAUCCAGCACCUAUAGAUUCCUGGGUCUCUUCAGGGAAGCUAUCAAGAGGAAAAUCUGGAGCCAGGGUUCAUCUAGAGUGUCCAUACCCUAACCAAAUCAUCACUUCUGUUAAGUUUGCGAGCUUCGGGACCCCACAUGGUAGCUGCGGAAGUUUCAACCAUGGGAAAUGCAGCAGUGACGGUGUGCUCUCAGUAGUGCAAGAGGCAUGCAUCGGGUCAGAAAGUUGCAGUGUUCCAGUGUCUACCAAAAUGUUGGGAGAUCCGUGCAGGGGUGUUACAAAGAGCCUUGCAGUAGAAGCUGUAUGCUCAUGAUCAUUUAUUGAUGCUUCUGAUAUGACGACUCCGGUUGAAGCAAAGCAUUCCCCGGAUGGAAGAGGUGUAUACACACAAAAAGAGGAGAGGGAAUAUGUAAUGUAGAAUGACAGUGUGGUUCUGAAAUAAUAAAAGAUGCAUGGAAAUUUUUCUCGUUUG